ACAUACAAACAAACAAAUUAACACAUAUAUAAAUAUAUGUAAACAUAUCUACAUAAAUAUACUCACACAUAUAUGUAUAUAUAUAUACUCAUGCCUGUGUAGGAAGGAAAGUACCUUGUGUGUAUUAACAAGCGACGCAGCAGACCGUUUAUUAUAUUGUACUUAUUAUACACAUGUGCUGGAUUUAUAGCACGGCCAGAAACGUCCAUCAUCGUCAUUCACUUCCUCUUCAUCACUAUUAUUAUUAUUAUUACUAUUAUUGUUGCUGUGUUACAUUCUGUCAAUGUGUUCCACUUAUACAUCCCGGAGUAUGUCGCUUGCUGCAUUUUACUGUUGUUACUAUUAUUAUUACUACCAUCCUUAUUCGUGACAUCGCCGCCGCAUCAUCAUCAACAUCAUUAUUAUUAUUAUUAUUAUUAUUAUCCGCAUCUUAUUCACCCUUAUCUUCAUCGUUUUUUCGUAUUCAUCAUCGUUAUCAUCGUCAAUGCCACCUCUGCAAGUGUAAACCACCACCAUCCUUUCUUUUAUCAACAUGAAAAAAAGCAACAGUAUUAUGACAGUACGAUUAUAGUAAAAGAAAAUCCAUCGAGAAGAGAAAGCAAUAUAUACGUGUGUGUAUAUAUAUAUAUAUACAUAUAUAUCUUACCAUCGUCGUCAUAUUUCAAAAAUCUUUGCUAGCCAAAUCGGAUAUAUAUGAAAACUAUCUGCUUACAUUUUGAAAAAAAAGUAAAAUUUUUUUAGUGAUAUACGAACUAACCUUUUCUACAUCUUUCAACACAUUUUUACUCGUACACACUUUUUUAUAAUUUUUUCCCCCUUUUUGUUUGCUUCCAAAUUUCCGCCCUCUUUCUCUUAAAUCCAACAAGCCCCAAUUUUACUCUGUGUGGUUGUGUGUGUCCCCGUAUAUAUAUAUAUAUAUAUAUAUAUAUAUAUAUAUAUAUACGAACGUACAUACAUACAUACACGUGUGUUCUGCUCUUGGAUUUACAAAUGUAUAUUUAUUAAAAAAAAAAAAAGAUCGCUGUCUUUUAAAAAGAGGAUUUAAACCAAAAUAUUCAACGUUAAACUUUUUAAAACAAAAAUGGAUAUAUACAAAAGAGAAAGAGGAAAUACUUUCCGGUUAUUAAUAUUUUUAUCAUUGUCAUAAAUUUAGCACACGAAACAAAAAAUACUUUGCAGUGUUUAAAAUUGUUUCAUUCUCCCAGAUAUUUUUUUUUUCUUCUUUUGUUGGGAGAAAAGAGAAUUUACAGUAGAAACAAACCUUCAGCUGUCCCUCCAGUGUAAAAAUUACUUUAAAAAAAAAAAUAUUUUAAAAGGGAAAAAAAAACGUGAGAAAAAAAAUUAAAUUAAAUUAACGAAAGACAAAAAAAACAUGAGCCUUCUCGCAUAUAAACACAUUUUUUCACAUAUAUACAAACACAUACGCAGACGCAAAUAUUGAAGUACUAAAAUAGCACAACAAACAAUAUUUAACCAUGUGGAGCAUUUUACAUGCAUAUCAAUAUUCUAAAGUUGGACCUACUAUUCCUUAUCCAAAAGCUACUUACAGCCAACAACACAGUAGCUUGAACCCUGCACUCCGCGCUCGUUUCGAUGAAGAGAUUGACCGUUUAUACAACGUGGCUCCGGACAGGUCAGUCUUUGAGGACUCUAACAGUAUGGAGCCGGUGUCGAACCACUAUCCGUCGGUGGAAUCACGGCAGCUCUCGGCAAACUCUGCUGAGGCCAUAAAAAGUCGCAAGAACAAAGAAGACAAAUACUGCGGAGUCUGCGGGGACCGGGCUCUUGGUUACAACUUUGAUGCCAUCUCCUGUGAAUCAUGCAAGGCUUUCUUCCGGAGAAAUGCCCCAAAGGGCUUGGAUUAUUUCAAAUGCCCUUACGAAGAAAAAUGCAAAAUGGAUGUGUCCAAUCGGCGAUUUUGUAAAAAAUGCCGGCUACGAAAAUGUUUUGAAAUAGGAAUGAGAAAAGAAUAUAUUCUUACAGAAGAAGAAAAAAUGCGGAAAAGACAAAGAAUUGAGGAAAAUAGAAAAAUACGUGAAAUUGAAAAACAGAAAAUGCAGUCUGGAGAUGUGAGCACGACGCAAAACCGCCUUCGAAUGUUAGAAUCAGACGAACAUUCUAUGAUCAGCGAAGUGAUUGGAGCUUAUCGACAGUCUUUAGAAAUAUCUGUGGAAUCGUCCUAUUCUCGGAACAACCCGUCAGUAAUCGACUUGGUCAACAUUGCUGAGCUCAGUGUGAGGCGAGUGAUCGAUAUGGCGAAGAAAAUAAAAUCUUUCAAAGCCCUCUCACAGAGCGACCAAAUUAGUCUUCUCAAAGGUGGCAGCAUUGAACUGCUUAUAAUACGAUCAGUGAUUAACUUUGACAGGGACAAACAGCAGUUUUUGGAUCCGUAUGACAAGGAUUCAAAUGCCAUGACAACAGAACAACUGAAACUCGGGGAAGGAACGCUUUUUGAUGAUCAUAUGAAAUUUGUGAAGUCUUUAGCUGUUGAUUUAAGAGCUGACGAGACAGUUUUGAUUAUUUUGCUUGUAAUUUCUUUGUUCUCUCCAGAUCGGCCAAAUGUCAUAGACAAGAGUUAUGUUUGGCGAGAACAGGACAAAUACGCGCUACUUUUGCAACAUUAUCUGGAGUCUAAAUUCCCUUAUCAUUUAGCUCACGUUAUGUAUCCUAAACUGCUCAUGAAACUUGUGGAAAUCCGGAAUCUGAAUGAGGAACAUUCACAAGUUCUACUGAAGGUUAACCCUGAAGGUAUACAACCUCUUAUGAAGGAAGUACUGGACCUGAAUUUGCCCAAGACAAACAAUAAAUAGUAUAUUUUGGCUUCUUUUUUUUUUUUUUAAAUCUCUUUCACACUCACUCACUCCCCCCCUUGUCCAGUUUCUUAUCUUUUUUUUUCUUUACUCUACUCUCUCUCCCCCUGCCAUAUUUUUUCCCCUAUCUUUCUUUGCUCUCUUUUCUCUGUUCUAUUUUCAGCCCUACUAAUUAUUUUAUUAUUUUUAUUAUUAUUUUAUAUCAUUAUUAAUAUUAUGUUUUUAUUAUGUAUGUGUAUGUAUAUAUAUAUAUAUGUUUGCGUGUGUGUGUGUGUGUGCGCAGAUGCAUGUGUGUAAUUCUUUUUUUUUUUAUGUAUGGCAGCAAACAUAUAAAACCACUUCUUUGGAAGUGGAAAGUCUCAAUCAAUUCUUGAAACUUUAUUUUUUUUUUUUUUUUUUUUACUUAAAAUUUUGUUCUCAGGGGGGGAGAAGAGCACUUUUUGUUUCUUUCCCAAAGGAUGCAAAAGGAGGCAGAUUUGUACCCACCCACCAACCCACUCCAAAACAUCGCCAUCCACCACCACCACCACACCCCAUAUGCAUCAUCAGUGCGCGUUUGUAAUGUGUUUGCAGGUAUGCAUGUAUGCAACGUUGAGCGUGUGUGUGUGUGUGAAUGUAUGUGCGUAUGAGGGGGAAGGAAGUACGGGGGGGAGGGGGCAAUGUAGUAAUAAACGGCAAAAAAAGAAAAAUGAUAUACAUAACUUGAAUGAAACUUUUUAUUAUAAUAUUUGGGUUUUACCCAAUAAAAGAUUUUUAAAAAAAAAAAACAACAGCAACAACAACAACAAGUGAUGGAUAUAAAAAAAAAAUUACAAAUAAACAAAUACAAUUCUGAAAUGAACUUAAUUAUAAUUUCUUCACAUAAAACAAAUAAUAAAUAUAUAAGAAAAUAUCAA